AUGAGGAGCUUGAUGAUAGUUUUAUGUUUUUUCUGCUUUGUGGACGGAUAUACCAUCCAAGAUCAGACACAGCUUCACACAGACCUCGCCUCGGGAUACGACCGAAGAGUAAGGCCAGGAAUCGACAGAACGGCCCCCCUGCGAAUCGAUAUCAAAUUCUACCUGACAAGUUUAAAGGAAUUCUCGGAAGGACUAAGUAAAAUUGGAAUCGUGGGAUCACUUAGUCUUGAAUGGAUAGAUUCCCGACUCAGAUGGGACCCUAGCAACUAUGGCUGGAACCUUUACGAAACCUCGCUUUUUAUAUCUGAUAUUUGGACACCUUUCCUAGUUAUGAUGAAUCCAUUCGAUAAAGUUCGGAAAACGCUUUUAGAUGGAAUGUCUUGCAAAGUAUAUGAUUAUGGAAAAGUCAACUGCCUACCACCUGAUCUUUAUGAAGCCACUUGUGAUGCUGACGUCACUUAUUACCCGUUUGAUUCGCAGACGUGCACAUUAAAAUUUUACGUUCCCGCUCAUUACCCGUCAGAUAUUAUUCUGAGACCAAAUUCCUCUACAUUUGACAUGUUGUUGUACGAGGAGAAUGGAUUGUGGUCUAUCACAAGCACUCGUCUAUAUUAUCACGUCAGCGUGUACAAUUUCGAGGAACUUCGACUGGAAAUCAACAUGAAGCGAAGGACCGCGUAUUACAUCGCCGGAUUAAUUCUACCUAUCUGUUUCAUGAAUUUUCUUCAGAUUUUAGUGUUCGUUUUGCCCGUGGAGUCCGGAGAGAGGAUGGGAUUUUCUAUCACCGUUUUACUGGCUGUCGCUGUGUUCCUCACAAUAAUACAAGACAAGCUGCCCGAGGCAUCAGAACCGAAUGUAUCGUAUUUAACUUACAAACUUUUGGUCGACAUGUUGCUUGGUUGUGCUAUGGUGAUAGCCGUGGUAUUUGGAAUGAAUUUCUACCAUAAAGCAGACGACAAGGCGAUUCCCACCAGAUUGAAGAGUUUCACACGCCGCGUGAUGAUGUGUUGUAAACGUAAAAUAUCAACAGUUUCAAUAGAAAAGUAUGGGGAUACGGAGAAAACUCCAGUAGAAUGUGUAAACGAUGACGCAGGCAGUGACAUCACAUGCAACGUCACUUGGAACGAUGUCGGGUUAGCUUUCGACAGAUUGUUUUUAAUUCUUUUCUUCGUUUUAUUGAUUUCUAAUAACGUUGUAUACCUUGUAAUAAUGGCUAUGAUGAGUUCGUGA